AUGAGCACCCGGCUGAAUGAAUCUCAUUCACUUCUGGAGAAGGUCUACUACAACAUGGGAGCAACCAAUGGCCAGAAUAACAAUUCGAACCAUAGUCCCAUUGCAGUUCUGGCAACAAUGCCAUUGAUGGUCAAUGAGGGUGCCUUCUCAACAUCCAACCAUCCCAUUGCUGAUGUAGUGCAGAGCUACACACAUCAGCAAGCUGAAGGCAAAAGCUUUGCCAGAAAAGAUAGCUCGACAAAAUCAGAUUUCUCGACGCCGAUUCUUGCAGACUACAAAGCAAUUCACUUAGCUGACAAGGCAAACCUUGAGUCUAAGUUUGGUGAGACUGUUGUUGACCUUCUGGACUAUGACAUGUUGUCUGAUAUUGAGUCAGAUGAGGAGAAAAAUAAAACUAGAUAUACUCCUAGAAAUAGACAUCUCUUGGUGGAUGAAUACUUUACUGUUUUGAAGAAACAGAGACUUGCUAACAAGGGACCAGACGCCAUUGGCAAUUCUGUCUAUUCAAUUAUUUUGAGAAACACCGAGUUAUCAAACAAGAAAAAGGAAUGUGUUACUGCUUAG